AUGACAGACACCACCAUCAACGGACACGCCAACGGCAAUGGCGUGCCUCUCAACAAGCCUCUCGAGCAUGUCAUCAGACCUGCCGACAGACAGCCCUCACCCCAACCCACACACUUGAGCGUGCCCGGCGCCUCGAAUCACUCCCGCGUCUUGAGCGAGCAGGGCUCUGGCUAUGAAGCCCCCAAGUUCGAGGGCAAGACCCAGCAGAUGGAGGAGGUCAUGGACAAGAUCGAGGCCAAGGGCUUCCUUCCCCCAGAGUUCGUCGAAAGCGAAACGCAAUGGUUUUACAAUGAGUUGGGCAUUGACGACAUGUACUUCUCGACCGAGACUUCCGAUGCCAUCGUCAGCCACAUCCAUUCACUCUACGCCGCCAAGGUAGCUGCAUUCGCCAGAGACGACAAGCAGCUCGAGAUCCGUUUGGACAAGGAAGCCGUCGACCACGCCGUCUUCAUCGACACCAGCAAGCCUGGCAUCACCUCCGUCGGCGGACCUCGCUACGAACAACGCAUCGAUGAGAAGUACCUGAACGUCUCUAAGGGAGCCAAUAGCUACCGCGUCGAGACCUUCAGAUCAUCUAGCAAACUGCCUGGUGAUCUCGACCAACAGCUGAGAUGUUACUUCGUAUACCAGUGCUCUUUCGAGCAGCCCAACCCAAGCCCCGAGGAGACCAACCUCGACCUCAUCUCAGACAAGAGAUUCCUCCAGAAGGCCACCAAGAACACAAGAGAUAUCUACCAACACAUUCUCGAAUCGGCUGUCGCUAGAACCGGCCCCGUCAUCGAGCUGUUCGAGAUCAAGGGCUCCAGAGAAAAGAGAUUGGUCAUUGCCUUCAAGCAGGGUUCAGCCUUGGGUCUCUUCAGCGCCCUCAGUGAUCUUUACCACUACUACGGCCUGACCUCGUCUCGCAAGUACGUCGAGCAAUUCUCGAACGGAUACACCAUCAUGUCGUUGUACCUUCGUCCUGUGCCCGGACCUGAGUCCAACCUGCACCCUCCCAUUGAGGCCUCAAUCCACCAGAUCAUGAAAGAGGUCUCUCUGUUGUACUGCGUUCCCCGAACCAAGUUUCAGAACCAUUUCGCAACCGGCAAGCUCAGCUUGCAGGAGACCAUCUACGCUCACUGCGUCUGGGUCUUUGUCAGCCACUUCCUGAACCGUCUGGGUUCCGAGUACAACACUCUCAGCGCAAUCCUGGAUGCAAACAACAGUGUCCACGCCGAACUGCUUUCAAAGCUCAAGCGUCGUCUGCGUACCGAGACAUUCACCUCAGACUUCAUCCUGGAAAUCAUCCAGCAGUUCCCUGACCUGGUAAAGGCUUUGUACCUGAGCUUUGCCAACACCCACUACGUUCAAACUCGUGGUGACGAGGACGACUUCUUGCCCACUCUCAGUUACCUUCGCUUGAAGGUUGAUAAGGUCUUGAGCGACGAUGAGCUUAAGAAGAUGAUCUCCACCACCUGCCAGAACGAGCACCAGGAGAUGGUCAUGACAGCCUUCCGUGUCUUCAACAAGGCUGUACUCAAGACCAACUACUACACCCCUACCAAGACUGCUCUGUCGUUCCGCUUGAACACCUCGUUCUUGCCUAUUGAGGAGUACCCUCAGCCUCUGUACGGCAUGUUCUUGGUCAUCAGCUCCGAGUUCCGUGGCUUCCACUUGCGCUUCCGCGACAUUGCUCGCGGUGGCAUUCGUAUCGUCAAGUCUAGAAGUCCUGAAGCAUACGACAUCAAUGCCCGCUCUCUGUUCGACGAGAACUACAACUUGGCAAACACUCAGCAAAGAAAGAACAAGGACAUUCCUGAGGGCGGCUCCAAGGGUGUCAUCCUGCUUGACGUUGAACACCAGGACAAGGCCAGUGUGGCCUUUGAGAAGUACAUCGACAGCAUUCUCGAUCUGCUCCUUCCACCCACUAGUCCUGGUAUCAAGGACCCCAUUGUUGACCUUCACGGAAAGCAAGAGAUUCUCUUCAUGGGCCCCGAUGAGAACACUGCUGGCCUUGUUGACUGGGCUACUGAGCACGCUAGAGCCCGUGGUGCACCUUGGUGGAAGUCAUUCUUCACCGGAAAGAGUCCUAAGCUUGGCGGUAUCCCUCACGACGCUUACGGCAUGACAACCCUGUCUGUUCGCGAGUACGUCCUUGGUAUAUACCGCAAGCUCAACCUUGAUCAGAAGAGCAUGAGAAAGCUUCAGACUGGUGGCCCCGAUGGUGACUUGGGAAGCAACGAGAUCCUUCUCGGACAGGAGAAGUACACCGCCAUUGUCGACGGUAUGGGUGUUCUUUUCGACCCCCACGGUCUGGACAGAGAGGAGUUGCUUCGUCUGGCCAAGAAGCGUGUUAUGAUUCACCAGUACGAUGUCUCCAAGCUCUCACCUCAGGGCUACAGAGUCCUGGUUGAAGAGAACAACAUUACCCUUCCUUCGGGCGAGGUUGUCAACAACGGCAUGGCCUUCCGCAACACCUUCCAUCUGCGCCAGGAGGCAUACGAUGUCUUCGUGCCCUGUGGUGGUCGUCCUGAGUCCAUCAACCUGAACUCGGUCAACAAGCUCAUCGUUGAUGGCAAGUCUAUCAUUCCUUACAUCGUUGAAGGUGCCAACCUCUUCAUCACCCAAGACGCCAAGCUCCGUCUUGAGAAGGCCGGCUGCAUUCUCUUCAAGGAUGCAUCUGCCAACAAGGGUGGUGUCACAUCAUCCUCUCUUGAGGUCCUGGCUUCAUUGUCGUUCGACAAUGCUGGUUUCAUCGAGAACAUGUGCGUCCACGAAGACGGCACCACUCCCGAAUUCUACAAGGCAUACGUCAAGCAGGUGCAGCAAACCAUCUGCAACAACGCUAGACUGGAGUUCGAGGCCAUCUGGAGAGAGAGUGAAGCCACCGGCACUCCCAAGAGUGUCCUCAGCGAUGUUCUGAGUACCGCCAUCACUAACCUUGAUGAGGAACUGCAGAACACUGAGCUCUGGGACAAUGUCGAGCUCCGCAAAUCUGUGCUCAAGGAUGCCCUUCCCAGCCUGUUGCUGGAGAAGAUCGGUCUCGAUCUUAUCAUCGAGAGAGUUCCUGAGAACUACCUGCGCGCCAUUUUCGGCUCGUACUUGUCGUCCCGCUUCAUCUACGAGCGUGGCAUCUCAGCCAGUCAAUUCGCUUUCUUCUCUUUCAUGAAUGAACGCAUGGCCAAAUUGCGCUCGUAA